CAUAUCAACCAUUUAAGACUUGAUUUUGAUGUUUUUGACCCUGGGCAAUUUAACAACAAGCCUCUUGUUAGUUAACCGAGAAGAAAUAGCGUAGAAGAAAUAUCAACUUUCAUGAUUGUAACUAUUACCUACUGCCACGCGCCAGAUUAUUUUAGGAACUUGAGUUUUGUAGUUAUAUCCUAUUGGACAAAUUCAAAGCAGGAGGCAAUGACAACCUACGCUACCACUCAACCGCUUCCAGCAUCAUACAUAGUUCAGUCACCUGGUAUUGUUACUGCAAAUGAAGAGCCACAUCGCGCAACAAAAAAUAAAAGCACUUUUCUUGGAAUUGGGAUCGCUGAAGUAUCCAUCGGAGCUCUGUGUGUGUGUCUUGGAAUAGCAGUUUACAUUGUCAUACCUUUUCCGUUCAGCUAUGUUGGAGCAGGAUUAUGGGGAGGUAUCUGGUACAUUAUAUCGGGCAGCCUUGGAAUAGCUUCGGGUGUGAACCCAAACGAUUGUAACGUUGUGGCCGGGCUUGUAAUUUCUAUACUUGCUAGCCUAGCGGCUUUCGGCGCAGCGAUCGCGGAUGCUUUGGCUGCGACAUUCUGGGCAGCUCUUACAAAUGGGACUAGCACAUUGGUUGGAAUCCACGGAGCUUUGGCAUUUCUAUCAUUUGUCGAAUUCAUAUUGGCUAUUGUUCAUUCGGCAUAUUGCUGCUCAGCAGGCUGCGGAAACCGUACACACCAGGGUCGCGUGAUAGCCUCAACUACAGUGAUGACCGUUCCGGUAGGAAAUGCAGGCUAUCAACCUCAGCCACAAGUUCAAACUUACGCCAAUUGGAAUACACACCCGCAACAGAUGCAGCAGCCAGCUCCGGUUUAUACACAACCUGAUAAAUUUGCAAACGCGUAACAAGGUGUUGCUCCGUGUUAUACUCUACCUUCCAAGCCAUGUGAGAAACGAUAACAACAUAUUUGGAUGAUAAAAAUAUAUAUCAAAGAAAAGACAUGAUAGUAGUAGUAGAUCGCUUUGUGCCUAUAUAUGUAUAUAUUGGUUGCUGUUGUUUUGAUAUAUAAGCUUAAAACACUGAACAUAGAAUAGACUUGAUAUAUAUGCUGUUACGUAAUUUCAACGUAAGAUGUCAGUUGCAACAGAUUAUAGUUUUUACUACUAGCUUACCACUGAUGGGCGAUCGAAAGUUGGAAAAGGAGCCACAGAAGAUACAACGGGAGGGGGCAAAAACAGUCGGGGGGAACGACUGCCGAUACCAGUAAUUCAAGCUGUUAUGAACGAGCCCAGAUAAAUAAACCGCUUCCCUACACUAUUGAUCAGUGUCAUUCCCGCGAAAUGAGUCCGCUUAAAUUCGCGCUGAAUAUUUGGAC